AGGUAGCGCUGCGUUUGUAAUUAUUUUUUAGGAAAAUGGUUCCGUCGUCGUUAAGGUUUGUGAAAUCGGCAUCAAGAUAUGUAACUUCAGGAAAAUUAUCUGUUUUUCAAAACGGAUUGGUUUCUCCCACCUUCAAGCAGCUGCAAUGUGUUAGAUGGAGAAGCACUACACCCUUGAAUACAGUUAUCCUUUUUGUUCCACAGCAGGAAGCAUGGGUGGUGGAACGAAUGGGCAAAUUUUGUCGUAUCCUUCAACCAGGACUCAACAUUUUAAUUCCCAUUGUAGACAAAGUAAAGUAUGUUCAGAGUUUAAAAGAAAUAGCAAUUGAUAUUCCAAAGCAGUCUGCAGUUACUUCGGAUAAUGUAACUCUAAGUAUUGAUGGAGUUCUAUACCUUCGAGUAGUUGAACCUUACAAGGCCAGUUACGGAGUUGAAGAUCCAGAGUUUGCCAUUACUCAGUUAGCUCAGACAACAAUGAGGUCUGAGCUUGGUAAAAUCAGCCUAGACAGUGUGUUCAGGGAAAGAGAGUCUCUCAACAUUGGUAUAGUAGAAGCAAUAAAUAAAGCCAGCAGCUCUUGGGGUAUUGAUUGUCUUCGAUAUGAGAUUAGGGAUAUAAAAUUACCUGAAAGGGUAAAAGAUGCCAUGCAAAUGCAGGUUGAGGCAGAGAGAAAAAAACGUGCUGCGGUUUUAGAGUCUGAAGGUGUUAGAGAAGCAGAUAUCAACAGAGCAGAAGGAACAAAACGAGCACGAAUCUUAGCCUCUGAAGCACAAAAAAUGGAACAAAUCAACCAAGCCCAAGGUGAAGCUGCCGCCAUUCUUGCAAAAGCCAAUGCCAGAGCUAAGUCAUUACUCUUUGUUGCAGAGUCAUUAAAAAAACAGCAUGGUGGAAAUGCUGCAUCUCUGGUUAUAGCAGAACAGUAUGUAAAUGCCUUCAGUAAAUUAGCCAAAACAGGAAAUACAGUGUUACUUCCAACUAACACGGGAGAUAUCUCAAGCAUGGUUACUCAAGCAAUGAGUAUUUACCAGAAUUUGUCAUCUGCCAAAGAAACCAAUGAACAACUUGAGAUUCCAGAAGAAGAAAGCAUAGAAUCACCCAUUCAAGACUGGGAAGAGUACAUUAGUGAUAAAGAGGAAGAACCGGAGGAGUAUAUGGCCCCACCUGCAAACCCUCUAGAAACAAGCCCUAGUGGGACAAAUACAAAAGAUUAAUUAUUAAGUGUAUGAGAACUUUAUUAAAACAAAUCUGUAUGCUGGUUUGUAGACCAUGAUUUUGAUAUGUUUCAUGACAGAUGGCAAUUUCAUUAAUAAAGAAAUGUUAUUCAUUGAGA